GAUGAAGUUAACAACACAGUUCAACACACAAGGUCAACACCAGGCGGUCUGUUUUGACGAGAUGUAGCUCAUUGUCUCGCGUUUAUUUCGUGUCCAACAACUUUAAGAGCUCAGAUAAAAAAAAGUUUUACCUGUAUUCGUCAGCGGUAGUAAUUCUCAUCACACUUCGCCGUCAUGAGCGAGGUGUGUGUCCGGGUGGCGCUCCGUAUCCGUCCCCUGCUCCGCAAAGAAGUCCUCCACAACCACCAGGUGUGUGUGCGGGUGGUGCCGGACUCCGCGCAGGUGAUGCUCGGCUCAGACCGACUCUUCUCCUUCGACCACGCAUUUGGACCGACAGCCAGCCAGGAUGAGGUGUACGAGUCGUGCGUCCAGCCCCUGGUGGAGUCACUGGUCGACGGCUACAAUGCCACUGUCUUCUGCUAUGGACAGACAGGCUCAGGGAAGACAUACACACUCGGAGGGGGGAGCCUAGAUGAAGAGGGAGGAAUCAUUGACCGUGUGGCCCAGGAUGUGUUCUUGUCGCUGGAGGAAAAGAGGAAGAACAGCGAUGGUGUGGAAGCCACAGUGCGGGUCUCAUAUAUGGAGCUGUACAGGGAGGAGCUGAGAGACCUGCUGGAGCUGCACACUAUUCACAAAGAGCUUCAUAUUAGAGAGGAUGAAAGGGGAAACACUGUGGUGGUGGGAGCCAAAGAGAUGGUUGUCACCUCAGCAGAGGAGCUACUAAGCGUUCUCGAGACGGGGAAUGCCCUGCGACACACUGGCACAACAGGAAUGAACGAGCACUCCAGCCGCUCUCAUGCCAUCCUCACCCUUCAGCUUAUCCAGUGUUGCAACAACAAAUCCUCCUUAAAAUCCGUCAGCUCUUCCAAACUCUGUCUGGUUGACCUUGCUGGCUCGGAGCGUGCGGGAAAAACUGGAAACACUGGAACAAGACUGAAAGAGUCUGUUCAGAUCAACACAGGCCUGCUCGCUCUGGGCAACGUCAUCCGUGCCCUCUCUGACCCCGCUCGAAAUCGGCGUGGUAACAGUUGCAACAGUGCACACAUACCGUACCGUGAUGCCAAGAUCACCCGUCUCCUCCGUGAUUCACUAGGAGGCACCGCCCAUACGCUCAUGGUGGCAUGUGUAAGCCCCUCUCACCCCAGUGUAGCUGAGACUCUGAGUGUCCUGCAGUUUGCAUCCAAGGCCCGGCACAUUCGUAACCGUCCUGGAGUUAUAUCUUCUCAUACAGACGUUAAAUCAUGUCCUCCAACCUGGGACCCUGGUGAGGCUCGAAUGGGUGAGCUUGAGUAUGAAGUACAGACACUAAGAGAACUACUUAAAGAAAAGGAGAGAGAGAUGGAAAGGGAGAGGACACACGGAAGAGCUGGAGAGGGGGACAGCUUCAAACAGUCCUGUCAGAUGUCUGAUUCAGAUCAGAAGGUGAACCAAGAGGAACCAUCACAGUACCGCGUCCUGGCACUGGAAGCUGCAGCCCUGCUUGCAAAUAUCUCUGGCCCCACUUCAAGUCAUUCUUUCAGGCAGCGUCUGCAGGAUUGGCAGGAGAGACUCAUGGCUGUCAAUCAAUUGCAUCAAGCUAAUGAGAAAGAUUCUUCAGAGGAGGAUGGAGAUCAACCCCACCAUGUCACCAUAAUAAAGCUAAGAGAAGAACUCAACAAAUGCAAGGAAGCUCUCACCAUAGAGGAACAGCUGUUGGAGCAGAAAGAGGCAGAGCUGAGACAGGCCCGAAAAGAAGUAGAGGAACUUCUUCAAGAGAGCAAAACCUACCUUCAGGCCUUGGAGGAAGAAAAGGAACGUAGUCGUAUACAGACUGAACAACUUGUGGACCAGCAGAUCCUCAUCAGUCGUCUUCGCAGUGAUCUUUUGACCUUAAGGGGUGCUACCUCAGGGGCUGCCAUAGAAACCGGGGCUUCAGGCAAAAGACCCCACAGUGUCCCUCUGAUCAGACACAGCUGGGGACACGGACCUCCCAGGAGGAUUCACUCCAGCCCCCCGGCCUAUUCACUGGAGAGGGUGAUGGCAGCUUUUAAGAUGCGCAGUCAACUCCUGCUGGCUGAAAUCGAGGAGAAGGAUGAGGUGUACUGUCCAUUCAUAAAACAACGGGCAGAGAGCAAAGACAAGGAUCAAGAGAAGGAGGAGGAGGGAGAUGAUAACUUUGUGGGCAGAAUGGGAUUGAGGCGUCCUUUAAAUCGAACAUGGACCGGCCAGCAGAAGAAAUCAGCUCUGAAAGAGAAGAACGCUGGAAUAGACCAAACAUCAAAUGGAAAUCCAAUAGUACAACAGCCUCAACGAGCCACAGGAACCAAGGAAAACCUUGGUGAGCAAAGCCAUAUGAGAAAGGUGAGGCUAAGAGCCAGCAUCACUCAGAGAAGGAUUCAAGAUCUGUCAGUCAACAUGCGCUUGAAAGAGGAACUCAUCAAAGAGCUUGACAAAACUGACAAGGAGACCCAAGCAGUGGACAGACAUGGCAGGCACAGUGAUGAUGGCAGCGUCUUGGCAAGACUCUCCAUGCAGAGUCAGCAGGUCCGAGCAGAGCUGUACCACAGCCUGAAGCACAUGAGACUGCAAAAAGCACAGCUUCAGAGCAGCCUCAGGCAGCAGAGAGAGGCCAACAACAACAAAGAACAUGACCAAAAUUGGGAGGUCAGAGCAGAAGAUUUGACUGUGUGCCAAAACAAUCACAAGGAAGAGUUAAAAGACAAGCCGCAUGACUUUAUUUGGCUGGAGGAGGAGGAGGAGCAGGUACUUAACAAGAGAGCAGAGCUGCAGGAGCUGGAGGAGGAGCUGAGGAGGAGAGAGGAGGUGCUCCUGCGCCGGGAGGCCUGUCUACAACAGAAAAACAAACUGGAGACCAAGAUGCUACGCUCCAGUCAGGCUCUGAGUCAGGACCUGAUGCGUGUGUCUGUACGGUUGGGGUCUCUGGAGGAGCAGCUACAGAGCAGCAGUAGUAUAAGGCUGACUAGAGGACUCACCAUGGAGGAACUGGAGAAAGAGAGGGAUACACUUAAAAAGAGAAGAGACACUCUGGAUGCCCAGCUGAAGGACAACAGAGUGCUCACGGUGGAGGAGGAGCAUUCUCUGCUUCAGCUGGAGGAAGCUAUUGAAGCUCUGGAUGCAGCUCUGGAGUUUAAAAGCCAUUCCAUCCAGGACAAACAGAAAAAGCUGCAAAUCACAGACUCCUCUUCGCAUCAAUCACAAAGCACUGAACCCGCUAAACUAUGUGAUGUCAUCAGAAAGCUGAAGGGACUCUCAUCUAAUGAGGCUUCGGAGCUGCUAGUCAAAUAUUUUAACAAGGUUGUUUGUCUUCGUGAGGAAGAGCGCCAUUUGCGUUUGCAUUGUGAAGAGCUGCAGCUUCAUGCUGGAGAACAAGAGGUGGUGGUGCGGGAGAUGGAGGUCGCCAUGCAGCGCCUGGCCCUGGAUGCGGACCGAAGACUCACCCAACAACACCAAGAUCACCAGAACAACAUCCAGCUACUGCUGCAGAAACUUAAAGAGGGUGGUGCAGGAGAGGCUAUCGAAGACAGACUGCAGCAUCUGGAGAAAGAGCUGUUUUUCUACAAAAGCUCCAGCAGGGAGCUUAAAAAGAAACUCAAGGAGGUUGUCACUGAUGCCCUACACCCUGUCCAUCAGCCCUCACACACACAGGAACUCAGACAAAAGCACAAUGUGCAGAUAAAUGCAAGUGCAAAAGACCCCCAGAUGCACACUGGUGAGGUACAGACACGGACACAUAUUGCAACAACAUACACAAAGAUACAAGCUGAGCAAACGGACAAAAACACACACAAUGAUCCUCAUAUAAAAAGACAUGCAUAUCCAAUCACCAGUCCGUCAUCGUUUUCUGACCCCCAAGCAUGCAAAAUGACACAAAUGCUUCAAUACAACCACACACACUCGCAGUCUCAGGGGUGUGAAAGGGCUGCUGGUCACUCUGGGGAAAGUUCAGAGAUGACACCGGUCCGUUUAUAUCGCAGAGAGCUGAGACAGAUCUCUACAGCUGACCUGCAGGUCUGUAGUUCUGCCACAGGGAGGCGACAGUCUGUUUUGGAUACCAGCACAGAAUCAAUACUAGAAGACUCAAUAGAAGUGCCCAGAAAAACUGACAGAUGAUUUAUCGUGCUAGCUAUGAGUCACUUGGCAGCAGCAGUGUGUACAUCAGAUUCUAGUUCUAGUCUAGGGUGCUAGUAAACAAAGAAAAUAAGUGUCAUAGCAUAUGACAUUGACUCAUUUAAUUUUCAUGAAAAAUCCCCUCAUCCUGAGUAUCCUGUGAAAAUGUAGAAAUAGAUUUAAAAUACUGGUGUAUAUUUAUUGUAUGUACAAAAGAAUGUGUGUGAAGCUUUACAGUUAAUGGUAUGAAGAUAAAAAUGUUUUUCUUCUCAGUUUUUCUUUAUAAAUGGUAUGUUGUUAAACAUACCCAUAGCACACAAUAGUGAAACCCCUAAAAAUGAGAACAUAAUGGUUUAUGAAAAGAGGAGAACAAAGUGCCCGAAAUGUAUUGUAUUUAUUAAAAUAUCUUCAAUGUGAACCAGUUCAUUUUGUUGUUAUAGCACUGUCUUAUUUAUCUUUAUUCCUUGGUGGUUUCCCAUCCUGGCUAUGCUAAACCUUGUGGAGUUGUGCCAUUCAGUAAGAGAAGAAAGGCCAGUGUUGCCAUGACAACAUAAUGACCCUGAGAAAUACAGAGAGACAUUUUCAAUGACUUGGCAGCCUUUUUACCCUUGAAAAUAUACUGAAAUGUAAUAUUUUGCUCUUACAAAUUUUUGUCACCGCUCUUAGAAAAUACUAAGUACUAAGUGCUAAGUACUAAGAAUGUACACUAUACAUUCCAUGUUUUGGAUCAGCACUAAUUAGCACUUACAAUAGCCAGUCCACUAGAUGUAAGUGUCUGCACUACAGUAAUAAAAAACUUGAUAGUUUUUUAUUCAUUUGAUUUUUUUUUUAUACAAAUGUUUUAUAUCUGUGUGCAGUGUGUACUGUUAGUUGUAUGUUGAUUGCUGUGUAAAAUAUUUUUAUAUGGGUGACUUUUAGUCAAAUGCAUUAAACUUUAUAU